AUGGAAUCUCAUGCGUCCAUACCAACAAUUCCAGUAAUCCCUACAACAGCGAGUUCUGCUACCUCCUAUGAGCAGCAGAAAGGUGUCCCUAUAUCACCUCCAGUUCGUCGCGCGGUAUUGUCUGUCAGGCGUCAAUCGUGGGUCUUUGAUAAACCAUCACUUCUGGAGGCUGAAAGCGUAUACUUACAGUCGAAUGCUAUAUUAGAAAAGUGUAUGCCUACUGCUAAAUCGAGACUAUCUAUUCUGAUUCAAAAAGACAGAUCGCGUGGAAAAGUAAACGACGAUAACUCUUUAAACAAUUAUGACAAAAAUGAUACAUCGGACACUGCUUCUAUAUUUAGUAUAUCGUCUAUUCAAAGCGAAUCCUCAAAUGCUUUUCAUUUUUUUUCUCCAAUAAAUAACCCUUCGCGUAAACGACAUUCGACAAGCGCGCUAUCCAAUGGAUCAAAACAAAUCAUUGUAGCGCCACGAUGUACUUCGAUGCCAACGUCUCCUACAAAUUUGCCAGAAAAAGUCGAUAGUUCUGAACCUAUUUCAUCUCUUAGAUCAACUUCCGCUGCAAGAGCUCAAUUUAACAACAGAGCAUCUCGUGCGUCUAUUAAAAUGAGCGUGAAUACUCUCAUGCAAAAACGAUUGAUGAUCGCUUUAGAAAUUAUAACAACAGAACGUCAUUAUAUUGAUUCUUUAUUGCUUGUUCAAAGGUUGUUCCUUAACCCUCUUCUCGAAUCACUGUCGACAAAAAAUCCGAUCCUGACUAAAAAACCCAUCAAAAAUAUUUUUGCAAACUUUUUGGAUUUGUUGAAUGUCAAUACAGAAUUACUAAAAAGAUUAGAAGAGAGGCUUUCUGGAUCUAAUGACGUUCCUGCUGAUGAAGACGGUGAAUCUAAAUUUUGGAAUCCCGAAACUGGUUGUCUGGGUGACAUAUUUUUGAAUAUGGCUCCAUUCUUUAAAAUGUAUUCUAUUUAUGUUAAAAAUUUCAAUUCGGCUCUCUCUGUCAUCGAUAUUCAACUUAGAGAUAAUCCACUUUUUUCAGCAUUUCUUAGAGAUGUAAUAAAGACUGGAAAAUGUAAAGGUCUUACAUUACAGGCUUACUUAAUCAUGCCAGUUCAACGGAUUCCUAAAUAUAAAUUAUUACUGGAAGGACUUUUAAAGAAAACCACUGAAAGCCAUCCUGAUUACCUGAACUUAAAGAAAGCACUCCAAACAAUUGAACAUGUUGCCACCUUUGUAAAUGAAACUAUUCGCCAACAUGAAAUGAUCAUUUCUAUGCUAGAGAUUCAAAAAUCUUUGAUUGGAUUUGACGAAACUUUAUUAAUUCCUGGAAGAACGUUGAUCAAGAGAGGUACACUGAUGAAGGAUGUGACAGUUUUGGCCGUUGAAGAUUGUUCUGCUGUUAAAAAUGCGUUUCAAGUCCUUAGUCCCCAAAAAAGUUUUAUACUUUAUACAGAUAAUAAAAGUGAAAAAGAAUCUUGGAUCAACACUAUUCGUAACACUCAAGAAAAAUUUCUUAGUGCAAAAAGAACUCUCAAUGUUGAUAGACCCAUAUUGACCGAAAGAAAGUAUUCAUAUAAGAAGUGCGUCGUUGAUAAUUAUCAUGCUCCUAUAUGGGUUCCUGAUGCAGAAGCCGACAGGUGCAUGAAUUGUUCCGAAGUAUUUACGUUAUUUCUACGAAAACACCACUGUCGUGCAUGUGGAAAAGUUGUUUGUCAUACGUGUUCUACAAGAAAUUUUGUGAUACCUGGCUCGAGUGAGCGUGAAGAUAAAAUAGCACGUGCAUGCGACCCGUGUUUUUUCACUAUGUUCCCAGAUGCUAUUCGUGACGAAGAUUUGGCACCAGGAAUUCAUAUUUGGAAUACUUCUAUUAGUAGCGUGAGCUGUGCCCCACGUUUGGAAUCUUCUCAACAAGACAACAAAAACAUUCAUGAUUCGUUCAAAGAGUUUUGA